UUGAAUAAUGUGUGAGCACUUGGACUGGAGCCAAUCAGCUGUCAGAGGACCGUGAUAAAUCGCAAUGCAUUAUUGAUAAUAAUAAUUACGUUGACAUGCGCAUUUCUACUUGAGGGGCUAAUUUUCCAGCCCAAAGAAUUUGUUGAAGAAGGGGAGGAAAAUUGUUUGUAACUCUUUGCUCCUGAUGGUUGCACCAUGUCGAGGCGCAAACAAGCCAAACCGCAGCACAUCAACUCCGACGAGCCGGGCUCGUUAGAAAAUGGGAUUCUUCGAGCCGAUCAAGCUGAGGAGACUGAAAAACCAAAGAGAUUCAGAAUGGACGAAACCAGGGUCUGCUACAAGUGUUGUGCAGAGUUUUUUGAUGAAGCUGAAUUUCUUGAGCAUGAGAAAAGCUGUACUAAAAGUCAGCAAGUGGUCAUCAUGAAGGAUGGAGAUGGGAAUGAGGUUCCUGAGGAAUACUCACAAGGUUCUCCUGAAGGUCUUACCAGUGACCAUGAUGAUGGCCAGUCCAGCAAUCAUUCCCUAUCAAAUGUUAAUGCAGAACAUCUGGAAAGAACAGAGGAAGAGUCCAGUAUAAAUGCAGAGGAGUCUGCACAGCAGGAUCAGGCAGAGAUGGAAGCUAGCCCUGAGAUGGCUUUCCUUCCCUCACCCAAAAUGCAAGAUUCAAAUGUCACUCUUGAGACCAUGGCUGACACCAAAGUGGCUGUCUCCCAGCAUUCUUCCAAGAGUACAUCACUGACCUCUUCACAGGAUGCUCUGCAGGCCAUCCCAAUGAUCUUGGAACAGUUGGUGUGUCUCCAGCAACAGCAACUACAGCAAAUCCAGCUCACAGAACAGAUCAGAAUCCAAGUAGCCAUGAUGACUCCACAGGGUCUCCAGUCGUCAGUAGGGGCAGCGGUGGACCCUCUGAAAGCCCUUGGUGCGCAUCUUUCUCAACAGCUGUCUGCCGCUGCAGCUAUGAUAGGUAAAAGGACUGGCAGUCAGAGCCUCUCCAUGGAAACAAUGAAGCAAGGUAAACUACCUCUGGCCACUGGCAUCCCUACCUCUCUGCCUGGGGGACUGGGUUCAGUGACUUCCAAAACUGACAUUUUGAAGGGCAUUCCAGAUCUGGCCAGUCGUUUACCAGCACUGCUGCCUCAGUCGCCAAGUGUGAUGGGUUUCCCCAGCACCUUCAACGGUAUCCAAGCAGGGAUUGAGUCUUCAAAAAAAGUGAAGGCGAAGAUGCUGAACCUCCCACCAGAAUCAAAAAAUGCUGACUCCUUAUACAAACACAAGUGUAAGUACUGCGGAAAGACCUUUGGCAAUGACAGUGCUCUGCAGAUUCAUUUGCGUUCUCACACAGGCGAGAGGCCCUUCAAGUGCAACAUCUGUGGAAACCGCUUCACAACCAAAGGAAACCUCAAAGUGCAUUUCCAGCGGCAUAAAGACAAGUAUCCAAACAUCAGCAUGAACCCUCAUCCUGUGCCAGAGCACCUUGACAAUAUUCCCACCAGUAGUGGAAUUCCCUUUGGCAUGUCUGUGCCAGUGGAUGAGUCAAACAUGACCGAAAUUAAGCCCAUUUUAAGUCAUCCUGCUGCUGGGUUCCACCCGCCGUCCAUAUCGGGAUUCAAGACAACAUUUGAUGGAUUUGGAGGGGACCCGUUUUCCCAGAGACCCUCUCCAUCUACAAGUGAUGGUUCCCCAGCUGUUUCCUCUAAUGUGUUUGGCCAAGAGUCGGGACUGGAUCUGAACCAGAAGGAUGCUAAGGAACUCCUUGGAGCGCUGCAUCAUAUGAAUGGUAGCACCAUCCCAGGAGAACAAAGCUCUGGAACAGCAAAACUUCAGCAAAUGGUGGAUGGCCUGGAGAAGAGGACCAAUGACCCCAAUGAGUGCAUAAUCUGUCACAGGGUGCUCAGUUGCCAGAGCUCACUCAAGAUGCAUUACCGCACACACACCGGUGAGAGGCCCUACAAGUGCAAAAUCUGUGGCCGUGCAUUCUCCACCAAGGGCAACCUCAAAGCACACUACGGAGUGCACAGGGCUAAUACAGCUCUGAAAAUGCAGCACUCUUGUCCCAUCUGCCAGAAGAAGUUCACCAAUGCUGUGGUUCUGCAGCAACACAUCCGCAUGCACAUGGGUGGGCAGAUCCCCAACACCCCAAUGCCAGAAAACCAGUUUGAAGCAGCAGAAGCAACAGAGCCAUCUCUGCCAGUGGAAAAGCCUAUGGAUGCUGGUGGUUUUGAAGCAAGCAUGGAUGAUCAUGAGCCAGCACUGAACUCCCAGAGGCCAAACAACGCCUCAGAUUCCCUCCCAUCUGCUUCUGAGGAACAAGCACAGAAGCAGGCCGCCCCUGCUAUGUUUUCCAGCCUAGAUGUUUUGAAGAAUCUCACCUCUGCUCUUGCAUUGAAACGACAGAGUAGCACCGCUUCAGAGAGCGAGGGAACAUCCAAAGAAUCCCCAUCUGCUCCGAGAGAGCAGGAAUAUCAGAACGGGCGAAGUCCCGCAAUUUCAGACUCAGCCAUGUCAUUUCAUUCAUUGUCCCCAAUAAACAACAUUAGUAGCAAGUCUCCCGAGAUUGCCGUUGAAGAAUUUGCUCGCAGUGUGCCAAAACAAGAGCCUGAUGGUGACGCUCAAGAUGGCGUCGAGUCAGGUGGAGCCCUUGAUCUCACAGCUGCCAGCAGCUUCACCCCCAAAGUGAUUAAAGAACCUGGCAUGCCGUUCACAAAUGGAGACUAUGUUCCUAGUAACAUGCCUUUCAUGAGGAUACCAUCAAGUCUGACUAGUCUGGAGAUGAAGAUCCCUCCUGAGAAUCCUUUGGGCCCUCAUAGUUUGUUCAGCUCCCAUAUGCCUCAGGGAACAGCCAUGUCCUCCUCCGUCUCCACUGCGCCACGGCGAUCAGUCAAGCAGCACACGUGCAAUGUUUGUGGCAAGAACUUCUCAUCUGCCAGCGCCUUGCAGAUCCAUGAGCGCACUCACACAGGGGAGAAGCCGUUUGCCUGCAACAUCUGUGGCAGGGCUUUCACCACCAAGGGAAAUCUAAAGGUGCAUAUUGGUACUCACAUGUGGAACACCUCAUCUCGGCGGGGCCAGCGCCUGUCUCUGGAUGGUCCCAUGGCCAUGAUGGCAAUGAGCUCUGAGGCGAAGAUGCUUCCUGAAAUUAUGCAGCCCCAAAAAGAACUGGGCACUCCACCAAUAAACUUUGACCCAUCUCUGUGGAACCAGUAUGCUGCUGCUGCAUUCAGCGGUGGCCUGACCAUGAAGACCAAUGAAAUUUCUGUCAUCCAGGGUGGUGGCAUCCCACUCCCUGGAAGCCCUGCCAGCGGGCCUUUAAUCGGAUCCACUGGAGGCCUCAUGAAGAUGGAUGGGUCCCACUCUGGCUUGCCUGCCACCAUGGCCGAAAUUGAGAAGAACAGCUCUGACAGCGUGCCAAAAUCCCAGUUCCCACAUUUCAUGGAGGAGGGUAAAAUUGCAGUUAAUUAGGAUUUUUUGCCAUCAGUCUAUCACCUGAACUCAGUUUCUGAAUGUCUCCAUUUUGAAUGAGGUACAAUCAAGAUUCAGAGAAAACGAUGUAGAAUUCUGCUUAGAUUGGUAGAACUUUUCCACUAACUUCAUUGCAGCUUUCUGCUCUCAUGUUCUGAAUGAUUCUCAAGUGUUACUUUUAGUUGACCUUGAUAUAACUACUGUAGCUGUAUUUUAUUUUGUAUAAAUAUAUAUGCGGGUAUUUCUUUUUCCACUGUGCCUUUCCUCCCUUUUUUGUUUUGCUGUCUAUCCAAAGGUUUGAAUGUAUAAUUUACUUGAAACUGCUUUAAUUCAGACUGUGUCCUUGAUACGUUUGAAGGAUUUUGACAUUAAGAGGAAAAGUUUAGCAGCCUGAAUUUUAAGUACACCAUGUCUGAGUGUUCACAAAUAAUGGUGUAGGUAACCCUAUAUGUUUAUAAUGACUACUUUUCCUCCUACUGUGUGCCAUAGGUUUUAUGACAUUGUACAUUUUUGUAGUCGUAAAUGUUAUUAGCAUGUCUUUGAGCAGGCAGACGGAUUAUUCCAAUGUCUUGUCUAUUACAUCGAGGUGCAACAGCUCAGUCAUCAGUUUGUGUAAAUGUAGACACUAAAAUAGGGUUUCAUCUUUGUUGCACUGGCAUCAGGAUACAGUCAUUAAACCUUUUUGCCAAGUGCCUAAUCUGAACUGUUGCUGUCUUGUACUGCACCAUUAGGUUAUGAAGGUUCUGUUGGACUGAUAAAUUGGUCUGUCAUCUGUGUGUCAUGCAUGUAUUUCAUGUUUUCAUCAGUUUACAAAGUCCCACAUAUCUGCAGUCAAAUUUAGUUGGCCGAGCUCUGAAAGCUAUUAAAUGCUUAAUGUUCUCAUGCCUGCACUUUAUUUCAGGUUUUAGUUACAUUUGUUAUAGUUGCAUUUCAGUUUCAGUGCUUGGUCAUUGAUGGGUAAAUAGGAAAAGGGCAAAUCACCAAUUCUGCCUACUUUUCCUUCCAGUCAGAUUUAGUUUGAAACAACCAUUUAGAGUAACUGUCAGACUUCACUUUUUUUUUCUAGACGAUCUUAUCAACUUGUAGCAUCUUUAAUUUAUUUAUAAUACACACAGUGCUUGAGUUUAGGGGGUAAGUUCUACCUCGUUUAGCUUUUAGUUGUCCUUCAUACCCCUGAGUCUCGAUGCAAUGUUAUGUACUUUUUCUGAUACAUUCUGGAGCAUAUAGGAUUUUUUAUUCUCAACCUGCUGAGUUUAACAGUAAUGAAUGUAUCACUGGACACUUUACACAAGUCAGAAUGGGCAGAGUACUUUGUGGGCCCCUGCUGUACAUUCCUUAUCAAUAUGCAUUUGCCAAGUUGUGCCUUGCGCAUGCAAACGUCAAAACUGCUUUCAAGUUGUCUUUACAAUUCAAGUAAUGUUGAGCCAGUUUGGCCUGUUUACAGUGUAAAUGUUUUUGUUUCCUUCACCUAAAUGUUCUGGUUUUGAAAAAUAAAAU